GCGGGGGGGGCUGCCACCCCCAUCCGCGCAUGCGCCGGGCUCCGGUCGCCGUGGCAACGGGACGCGGUGCCAGGCUGGGCGGGGGCGGCCGGCGGUGAUGGCGGGGCUGAUGUGCGGGUGGCUCAACGGGGAGGUGAGGCUGUCCCGCAGCGUCGUUCCAGGAUCAUUUGCUGAAGAAUUUUCUAAUGGAUACCUCCUUGGAGAACUUCUACACAAAUACGGUCUUCAGGAUGACUUUAAUAAAUUUUCACAGAGCAGGGUUGCAAGUGCAAAACUUAACAAUUUUUCUCUCCUGGAACCCACGCUUCAACUCCUUGGUGUACAGUUUAAUGAGAAUAUAGCCCAAGAUAUCAUGACGGGACAGCAUGGGGCUGCAACAAAGCUUUUGUAUGAAUUGUAUAUUGCUUUAGAAAAAAAGAGAAAGACAAAGCUCACUGCAGUAGCCAUGGAAGCAAUGAGACCUACAGCACCUGCAAGGCUCAAGUCUAUCGGAAGUGUUUUGUAUCAAGAGCGUCUGAAAUCUUUAACACCACGUCAGGCAGAUUUGCAGCUACAGCAGGUUUCAGAGCAUUUUGAAAUGAAGUCUAAAGCAAUGGAAGAUAAAAUAGCUCGCAUACAUAUUUCAGAACAACAGAAAGUUCAGAAGCUUCGAGAUGAACAAAGAGCCCAAGACAUUGAAAAGCAUCGCAUAGGAAGAAGGAGACAAAAUGAAAUAAUGGCCAGGAUUCAAGCAGCCAUUAUACAGGUUCCAAAGCCACGACCAAACCACACAAUAAAAGCUACUGAAGCCCAAAAAUUGCUGAAGAAGAAAAGAGAAGCAGAGGACACUUACAAGGAGAUUAACAAGUUUGAGAAGUCUAUUGCAGGAAAUCUCUCUGCAGUACACAGCCAAGUCUCUGAUAGUGAUAUACAAGAAUCAUUGCAAACACAAAAGUUGCAAGUACCAACCUUAGAAACCACAGCACAGACAGCAACUGAGCUAUUAAAUAUUUAUUCAGAUGAUGAAUAUGUAAGAAAAAUUCAAAAACGUUUGGAGGAAGAUAUGUUUGCUAGAGAACAACGAGAAAAAAGACGACGAAAAAUGCUGGUGGAACAGUUACUAGCACACGAAGCACAGGAGGAGGCUUACAGAGAGGAGCAACUUAUUUACAGACUAAUGAGACAAUCUCAGCAGGAGCGGAGGAUUGCUGUUCAACUCAUGCAUGUUCGACAUGAGAAAGAGGUGUUAAGGCAAAACAGAAUUUACAGGGAAAAACAGUAUGAAGAUAGACGACUGAAAGAGUUCCAGAAAGCUCUUGAUAGAGAGGCAGCUCUUGCAAAACAAGAAAAAAUUGAUUGUGAAGAACAAACUAUCAAAGAAAGAGUACGUCAUGAGAAAAUUGCUGUUGGAAGAGCCCAGGCUCGUUAUAAAAAGCAUUAUUCUAUAUGUUGGGAAGUGAUCGACCAAAUCAUUGACUUGUCAACAAAAGUAGGAGAAUAUCGAAUAUUGACAAACAACAAAGUUCCAUUGAAACUGAUGUGUGAUUGGAAGGAAUUUUUUUUUAAUGGAAAACCAAUAUAUGAACAAGCCUCAAUUCAGCCUUUGCCAAAUGAACCAAGCCCAGAACAACUUGUAGAACUGAAUAAAAUGAAUCUGUUAGAUGAAAAAGAUUAUGGUGAAUACAAGGGUAUGACAGGUGAAUGGUGCCCAACUGAAGAUAACAGUGAAAACAAACCUCCUCGUAAUAAUAACAUAUUGGGUCAUGUGCUUCAUAGACUGAUGGAGAUUUUCUAUCCUCCAAAACCCAAAUCUUCACUACCUGUAUUUCCUUCUUUUCCUAUUAAGGGAUGCAUUUUGGGAAAACUUUUUAGUGGAAAAACUACCUGUGUAAAGUUUCUUGAAAAAGUUUGCAAUAUUCAGGUACUAUCUGUUGAUACUCUGGUUCAGGAGGCCAUCCAAGCUUUUCUUAAAAAUGAAAUGAAACAUGAACACAGUUUAAUAUCACAGGAAGCAGAGAAUUCUGUGAAACAAAAUGAGGUCCACAGGAACAUGUCAAAAUUAUCACUACUGGAAGUUCUAACAGAAACAUUUAUCAAUGGAACCAAAGGUAAUCGUCCUGUCAAAAAUGAUCCAUCUGGUCAAGAAACUGAAUCAGACAAUAGUCAGAAUGACCUAUCCAAGCUAUCUGUACGUGCCCAGCUUGGUGCUGCAUCACAGAAAUUGUUGAAGAAAGGAAAAAGUAUUCCUGAUGAAUUACUAGUUGCCAUCCUAUUGGAAGCUAUUAACCAAACACCACCGGAGAUGGGAUGGAUUCUGGAUGGAUUUCCAAUGACAAUUAAUCAGGCAAAGCUAUUUGAAAAAGCCUAUACAGGGGUCGAUCCAGCUGAAGCAAAAGCAGAAGAUAUGAACCCUAGAAAGCUCUCCCUUGUUACAGAUCCCAGAGCCCCUAAAAAGCCUCCUGUUUCCUUACCUGCAUUUGAUGUUUCUGUAUUAUUGGAUAUUUCAGACACGACAGUACUGAAACGUGUGGCUAGCUUGAAGUCACAUAAAUCAAAGUCAUCUCAAAUGGAACAGAAUCAAAAUUCAGACGCUGAAAUCCUUGAAGAGAAGAUUGACUUAGUAAGGGACCAGGUGCUACAUAGAAUUUCAGGCUUUCUAGACACAUGGCCAAAAUUGGAGAACUGGUUUUCAGUCCAUCAGAAUAUUCUAGUGAAAGUCGAUGCAGAGAGAGAAGAAAGUCUUGUGUGCAAAGAAGUAAAGGAAAUUCUAAUGGGAGAAAUUGCCAGAAAGCAGAAUAGAAGUCCUGCUCAAGAAAAAUCGCCAGGAAAAAAGCCUUUACCAGUUACAUCUCAAGAUUUGGUUCCUCCUAUUCUUGGUACGCCACCACCAAUUGAACCAGGAUCACAUGAAUGGAUUUAUGUAGAUGAGCCACUUCCCAAGGAGAUACCUGAUUUUUUAGUACCUUACUGGGAAAACAUAGAAAAUGCAUAUGUCAAUACCAUCAAAGCUAUACUUAGAUGCCUAAGGGAUGAACAGCACUCUAUAAUUUAUUACUUAGCGGACAUUAGAAAAACUUUCCAAGAUUAUUUAAAGCGCCCAGAUCUUAAGCAGGAGUUUGUAUCUCAGUGGCAAUCAGAUUUUAAUUCAAUUGCUGAUGACCUGCGAGAAGAUGAGGAAACAAAAGCAGAACUACAUCAAAGAGUUACUGACUUAAGAGAUCUUCUCUGGGAUAUAUGUGAUAAAAGAAGGGAAGAAGCAGAGCAGGAGCGUACUGAUAUCAUGAAUGAUGGAUGGUUACUGGAUCAUAAGGGGAUCGCAAUAAACCAUUUUUUUUCACUUAUGCAGGUUGAAGUGGAUCGUUUCCAAGAUACAAAGAGACUUCUUCAUGAUUAUUACAGGGCAAUGGAAGGAAAAAUCCCAACAGAUGACAGUCAAGGUUUUACUAGACUUCCAUUGCUAGAUAUUAUUGAUAUAGAGCAGAAAGAAGAUCAGAACAAAUCAAGGAGGAUUCCUCUACUUUCUUUUAAACUGCCUUUACCGGAAACAAAUAUUACCAAGUUAAAAAACAGGGGAACUCUACUGAAGAGUGUUAAGGAUGAGUGUUCUCCUGAAAAUGUAGCAGCCACUUUUGGCAAAGAUGAAAAUCUUAUUUCUGAUACAUGGCAAACAGCAGUAACAGCAGUAUCAGAUAUGGUAACAGCUGAAAUGAAGUCAAAGGAAAUGGAGGAACGAAAAGAACAGAAGCUAGAUCCAAAAGAAGAUCUGAAGUCUUCUCAGACAAUGUCAGGCAAAGCUACUGGGAAGGAAGCCAAAGAUACCAAAAAGCUUUCUCCCAAAUCAUCUCCUAAAGAGAAAGGACUUCCUUCUACCGUACCUGUGGUUGAAGUCAGUCCAGUUCCUUUAACCUCUGAAGAAUUAAAGAAGCAAGAACUGACACUUAAAGUACAGCAAGAAUAUUUUGCUGCCCUGAAACAUGAGGAAGAAGCCACAAAAUCUCGACUAGAACUUAUUAAAGAAAAAGCGAUAGCAUAUAUUGAAGAACUAACAGUGAAAGCAGAAGAGGCUUAUAAAGAUAUGGAAAAGUGGCUUGGAGCCAGGUUCCUAGCAGAAAUGUCCAGUGUUGAAAAGCUGAUCGAGAUAGGACGACACCAUAUUGAGUGUUCUAGCAAAAUACAGUAUGAAAUGACUUUAGAAGAAACAGAUUUCUUCCUCAGCAGUGAUGUAAAAGUGAUUCCUGAUCCUGUUCCCACACCGUGCGUUCCACAAGUAGAGACCUGUGAAAGUGGUACUCUAACUAUUUCACAACUUAAUACAUUUCAUAAACAGUUUCUACAAGUGGCACCUAAAGCCAUAAGAGCACUGAAGCAAUUUAAAGGCAAGAGUAAUUCUUCUAGCAAGAGAGAAGUUGGUGACAAAGGGAAGGAGAAGAAAGAUUUGGAGUAUCAAAGAACAAAGAGGAAUCGCCAGUUUCCAAAAAUAUGGCUAACAAAGUACUCCUGGUUAAAAUAUGAUGAUGAAAGGGGAAUAAUGUUCUGUGCAUUGUGUCGCAAGCAUAAUGUGGAUUUGGGGGAAAACAUUCAUAAUUUUUGUUCUGGCACUGAUGACUUCAAACUUGAAUUCAUAAAUACACACCAGAGUAGUGAAGCUCAUGCCUGGGCUACCUGCAUGGAAGCUGCCAGUACUGCCUCACCAAAUAGAGCUUCUGCUGAGCAGAUGUUGAAGAGUAUGAACUCCAUAACAUUAGGAAGAGUAGAAAAUAUUUUUAGAACAUGCCAUGCUAUUGCUAAGUCUGGUCGUCCCUUUACAGACCUUGACUGGAUGUGUAAACUAGAUGAUAUGAAAGGAGUGGAUAUUGGUUCUGUAUUUAGAAAUGACAAAUCAGCAAGAAUAUUUAUACAUUUUAUUGCUGAAGUUGAAAGAAGGGCUCUAAAAGAGAAACUGGAGAAAUGUAAAUUCUUUUCUCUAAUUAGUGAUGAAGUCACAGAUAGCAUAUUCAAAGCUGCUGCGGUUGUCUACGUGCGCUUUGCAAAUGAAGGAAAAGUCCAUUGCCAGAUUGUUGGAGUUCAACCUGUUCAAAAAACUGAUGCUUCAAGUAUAAAAAAUGCAAUUGAAGAAAUUUUAGAAAUAAAUCUUCAGCUCAAUCUGGGAAGCCAAGACUGGUCAAGAAAAUUAGUUGGGUUUGGAAGUGACGGGACAGAUGUCACGAUAGGAGAAAACAAUGGGGUAGCUGAGCUUCUGAGAGAAAUUCAGCCUUGUGUACAGUCUGUGCAUUGUUUUGCUCACCGCCUAAAGCUGGCUUACAAAGGAGCACUGAAAAAUAUUCAGCUAUACAAUAUCUUAACCAAUGUCUUGAGAAAUAUUUAUUAUUUUUAUCAUAACUCACCUCUAAAUAAGAAUAAUCUAAAAGCCACAUAUGAAGCCAUCAAGAUACGCCCAGCAAUUCCUUCUCGCAUUGGAGGCACACAGUGGCUUCCUCGUCUACAAACAGCUCUACAAAUUCUCCUUAGAGGUUAUCCUGCGAUUGUUCUACAUCUGAGUAAGAUGGAAAAAGAAUCAAGAGCCUCAAAUAGGCAGAAAGUCAAAGGACUUUUACACCUCCUUCUGAAAAUGGAGAUAGUCAAGUUUUCCCAUUUCUUGUUGGAUGUGAUCAAUGUCCUCAACAUUCUGUCACGUGUUAUUUUGGAUCACAACUCCUCCAUUGCAGAUAUAUUUGCAACCAUGCAAUCAACCGUGGAAACACUCCACAUGUAUCAAACAAGAGCUGGUCCAAAGGAACGCCUAAUCGAGACCAUUCAACACUUUUGUGGUCACCAGCUCAUUGGAAAUGGAAAUAUUUCAGAAGUACGAACCAAAGUACUAAGCAAUUUGGUGAAGAGGCUACGUAAUUGUUUCUGUGAUGCAAGUCAAGAUGUCUUAAGAGCAACUACUAUUGGAAGUUUUAAAUUAUGGCCUGACAAAAUGAGAGAAGAAUUUGGUGAAAAGGAAGUGUCUGUCUUGACUAAACAUUAUGAAGUCAUACUAGAAGCUGCUAGUGUGAAAAUCAAUGAAGUUGAAACUGAAUGGAGCAUGUUGAAAUUAGAGCUAUACAACAGAUUUCAGAACAUCCAGACCUUGACAUGGGAUUUGGUGAACUCAGAUUAUUCAAAGAAGUAUCCCAACAUCCUGACACUGGUAGAUUUGAUCCUAACUCUGCCAGCAAGUUCAGCUGAGACAGAGCGAGGCUUCAGUCAAAUGAAAUUCACCAUGAUGCACCUGCACUCUAAACUAGUGUCUGAAAGUGUGACAGAUCUCAUGAUAAUUCAGAUGAACUCUCCAGAUAUCAAAAAGUUUGACCCCAAGAAAGCUAUUCAUUUGUGGAAUAGUAGUUGGCAGAGAAAUAGAAGACUACAGGAAGGUGAUAUGAUGACAAAUGAAAGAUCAGAUUGCUCCUCUGAGUUUGAUGUGGAGAGUCACUGUGGAAGUGAUUAGAUGAAAAUUCUUAGUUUUUCUUUACAGUCACUCUUUUAACAUACAUGGAGACUUUAGUAACAUAUCUUGCAAGAUGAAUGAAUGUGAAAUUUAUAUUUUUUUCAUAGCAUAUUACAGUUUGAAAAUUUGGCUCUUCUUUCUGUAUUCACUGCUGAAUCAACAUCAUAUUUGCCAUCCAUUACCUGAUUCCUACAAAUCUGAAAAGAAUGAACAAAAAAUGUGCAGUACAUUGUGGCUGUUGUGACACCUGGACAGAGGGAUGACUGGUAACAGAUUGUUGCUUUAAAUCUGAGCCGUUGACACAUUUAUAUCCACUGGAGUUAACUGUCAUCUUGUUCUUUAAUGGUUCAAGAAGUUCUAGUGAUUCUGAAAAUCCUGUGUUUCUUUUGAUAAAUGUGUAGGAAACUGGUGUAUUAUUGUUGCCUAAUGAUUGCUUGGCCUCUGUGGCCUAUGAAUUUUGUGUCAUGCCUUCUCUCUGUAUGUGUUGCUACUUUUUAUCUCUUGUGGAUAAUGUUUAACAUGACCUUUUGGAGAUAUUUGUCAGAUUGUCCUUCAGAAGACUCCUGCAGAGGCAAAACAGAUCCAUAUUCCAUUGCUGUUUAUUAAUCGCAUAAAUCAGUCUUCCCAUAAUACAUAACGUUAUAGCCAGGAUAUGACCAAUAUACUUCACAGCUUAAACUGCUUUUUUUUUUUUUUUUUUCUUGUAAAAACAUUUCAAAGAAGGCUGUGAUAAGAAUGCCAUAUGUGGACUUUUAACCUAUGACUUGAGAAUGAGAAUUGUUCAGAGAAGUUUCAGAUUUCAUAAUUUGCCACUACCCAUGUUUUAAAUGCAGCUUCCUGCUUGCUAAGUUCCAAUCAAGGAAAAGAAUACCAAAAGAAUAUAUUUAGAGAAAGCUAAAGUGAAAUCAUCAGAGACUUUUCCAACAGUGAUGAAAAUGAACUAGAAAUAAUUAGGGAGAAACAAAUUUGAGGUCAUUCACCUUAAAUCCACACUUUUCUAAGUUGAGAUUCAACAUUCUACGUUCAAUACAAGAAAUUUCUAGUAAUUGCAGAAGGUAUAUUAUUUGUAUAGUCAUUCUGGGUAUUUUGCAUAUAUAUUCAUGCUACUUAUAGGUAUAAGUCCUUGCCUACAACAGAAAUAGAGUCCAUUUUGAAUGCAUAGCUCAUUAAGGUAUGAUAAUCCACACAAGCAGAGCUAAGUUGUAGAGAUCAGAGCAAGAAAUCAGUACUGUGCAUUAUAUGGUAUAUUAUAAAAGAUGCAUCAUUGAAGUAUGUGCAUUUGUGAUUUCACACAUAACAAAAAUGUGUAGUUAUAUUUUACCUAAUAAGCAAGAAGAUAGAUAUUAUAUAGGGUACUUUCUUAGAUACAUGGCAUAACUAAUUCUAAGGAUUUUCUCAUAAGUCUCAUAAUACCAUGGUUUUCCCCUUGAAGUUUCAAGUGAGGAAGUUCUAGCAAUGAUGAAGUUAAAUUUUUUUUGGAAACGUGUAUGUAGAAUGUCCAAGAGCAGAAGACAAAAUAAAUAA